UUAUUGAAACAAUUCAUCAUCUGAAUCCCAUUUACGUUCGAUUUAAUCUACUGUUUUCAGGAAAAAUAUUUUAGAAAAUGGGAGCAAAGUUAUUGGAAAUUGAUGGAACAUCAAUCAAGUUCAUAUGUGAGGUGAAGAAACCAAGUACCUCCUCAGUUUACCUCUCAAAUAUAUCUGAUGAAUAUGUUGCAUUUAAGGUGAAAACUACAUCACCAAAGAGAUAUUGUGUUAGACCCAAUUCAGGCAUCAUCAGCCCAAAGUCAGCAUGCGAUUUCACGGUUACUAUGCAAGGUCUAAGGUCGGCUCCAUCCGAGGUCGAUUGCAAAGAUAAAUUCUUGAUCCAGAGCACAGUCGUCGAUUCUGAGAUGAGAGAAGAAGAUGUCACUCUUGAAUUGUUCUCCAAAAGUAGCGGCAAGUAUGUUGAAGAGAAGAAGCUCAAAGUUGUUCUAGUUAGCAAACAAGAUUCUCCAUCAGAGGAACACAAGAACAAAAUCUCCGAAAAAGAACCACCUAAAGAAGCUUCAAUCAAAGAAGAGAAUCAGGCAAAGAAAGAUAAAGUGUCGGAAAAAGAACACAAACAUAAUGUGCCGGAAAAAGAACACAGACAUAAAGUGUCAGAAAAAGAACACAAAAAUAAAGUGUCAGAUAAAGAUCUGCCUAAAGAAACUUCUAUGAAAGAAGAGAAUCUGGUGAAGAAAGAUGAAAAUGCCUUUUCAAUGCACACAAAAAUUGAAGACCCAAAGGAAGCUAAAGGUGCAUUGACUACGGAGGAUCCAAAGUCAUAUGGUGAUCCUGAUGGAAAUGAGCAGAACUAUUCCAAAAAUUUGGAGUCUGCCCCAGUAAAGAUGGUGAAAGAGGACUCCAUAAGGAAGUUGAGAUUGCGUAAUCAACUCAAGGAGUUGAGAUUGAAAGAAACUUCAUUAGAGAAUCAACUGAAAGAGGCCAAAUCUACUAUCUCCAGCCUAACAUGUCAGAACAGCAAAAUCAUUGAAACAAAAAGGAAACUUCAGCUUGAACUAGAUAGGAGAAGUAAGAAAGGUUACCCAUUCACAUUUGUUUGUGCAGUGUCCUUUUUGGGUUUGAUAAGCGGAUACUUCUCAGAUCCUUAGAUAAGUAUUCAAAAUCAUCUGUUCUUCGUUACCAAAGAUUGGAUGGCUGUAUUGCUUAACCUGUACUUUGUGUUUUGUAAAAGUACCAGUAAUUGUAUAUAUUAUUGGCUGUCUUCAGAUGAUUUACUUUAUAAAUAUUCGGGAUGAUAUUUAAGGUCAAAA